UUACUUUCCACUUAAUUGCUCAGCCCUUUCCUUUCCUGCAACUCUCCCAGAGUGAAGGGAAGCCAUGGGAGCCUGCCUCAACGGCGACGUUUCCUUCUCUCCUUCCCCUGGUCCUCGCCGAUUCUCCAAGCACAUCCACGAUAACGUCCAUGGCAACAUCUAUCUUGAUACACUCAGUUUGAAGUUCAUAGACACCGAGCAGUUUCAGAGGCUUCGUGACCUCAAACAGCUUGGUAUGACAAAUAUGGUAUAUCCAGGGGCUGUGCAUUCUCGAUUCGAGCAUUCUCUUGGUGUUUAUUGGCUUGCUGGUGAAUCUAUAGAAAAGCUUAAAAAUUAUCAAGGCAGGGAGCUUGGCAUUGAUAAAUUCGACAUUCAAACAGUAAGGCUGGCAGGACUUCUGCAUGAUAUUGGCCAUGGGCCUUUCAGUCACUUGUUUGAACGCCAGUUUCUUCCCCGGGUUGUCAGCAGUUCUCAUUGGUCACAUGAGCAAAUGUCAGCUAAUAUGGUUGAUUAUAUGGUUGAUGAACACCACAUUGAUGUUGAUCCUGAGAUGAUAAAAAGAGUGAAGGAGAUGAUACUAGCAAGCUCUGAGUUUGCGCUUCCUAGAAGCUCAAGUGAGAAAAGUUUCCUAUAUGAUAUUGUUGCAAAUGGUCGAAAUGGAGUCGAUGUGGACAAAUUUGAUUACAUUGUCCGUGAUAGCCGAGCUUGUGGUCUUGGUUGCAACUUCGAAUUUCAGAGAUUAUUGGAUACUAUGCAGGUUUUGGAUGAUGAGAUCUGUUAUCGUGCUAAGGAAUAUCUUACCAUCCACAAGUUAUUUACCACUCGUGCUGACCUGCAUAGAAGAGUUUACACUCAUCCAAAAGUACAGGCAACAGAGCUUAUGGUGUCCGAUGCGCUUGUAGAAGCAAACAAAUAUUUGGAGAUCUCAUCUCACAUUCUAAAUCCUUCUGAGUACUGGAAGUUAGAUGACACAAUAAUUAAAACCAUUGAGACAUCUCCAAGUAAAGAACUAAAGGAAGCAAGGGAAUUGAUUCUGCGCAUUCGGAGGAGGAAUCUGUACCAGUUCUGCAAUGAGUAUGCCGUACCAAAGGAUGAACUAGAGAAUUUUAAGAAAGUUACUGCUCAAGACAUAGUUUGUUCGCAGAAUAAUGGGGGAGUCACACUGAAAGAGGAGGAUGUAGCUGUCUGUAAUGUCAGGAUUGAUUUGACUCGUGGCAAGCACAAUCCACUUGAAAGCAUCAACUUUUUCAAGGAUUAUGAAAGUAAGGAGAAAUUUACAAUUCCCGAUGAUCGUAUAAGCCACUUGCUGCCUGUAUGUUAUGAAGACAUGAUAGUAAGGGUGUACUCCAAAAGGCCAGAAUUGGUGGAAGUAAUUUCAGAGGCUUUCGAGAAUUUUCAGUUGAAAACAUACGGGAUUAAACCACAAGUGCAUUCAACACCAGACAAGAAAAAGCGCCGUUAUAAUACGUGGAUAUGAUGGCGUUUGUAUUUCACUUUAUAGGCACCUCUUGCUCUCCUCUAUAAGUAUGCAGGUAUUUCUAGUCAGUUUCCCACAGAGUGAGCUGCAUAUAUAAGAUUUAACACGCUGCUAAAAUGACUUGAGCGUUUCUGACACUGUGGGGGGGUCUGGUCCGAAUUUCCCCGUAUCAAAUAUAAAUCUACAUGUAUAGCAA